AUGGCUGACUCUGCUACAAAGAUCUCCUUGAUCUUUUGUACCAGAGUUCGAGAUAUCAGCCAUGGCUACUGUCUGGGGUUCCAGGUGCUGAGAGAUGAACGACAGGUAUUCUUCACGUUGCUGAAAUUCUCGGGGCUCUUACUUCUGUUUCUUCGUUCUCUUCAAAUUUUGAUCGCGAAGAUCAAAGAACAAGAAAUUCUCCAAUGCUUCCACACGAUCAUGCCAGUCUCGAGGAGGAGAAGCAGCACAGUGACGCUCGCGAGGAAACACUUGACGUUCUUCCGCCUCCACCUGGCCUACUUCAUCGCCAUCGCCAUCGCCGGGACGUGGAUCCUCUGGGGGAUUGGAGCCCGCCGCCAUAGCAAGAUCUCCCACCUGAAAUUCAUCGACUGCUUCUACCUCAUCACCUCCGCGCUCUGCAUCACCGGCCUCGCCAGCGUCCCGAUCGAGAGCAUCCCCCCCGGCGGCCAAGUCGUGCUCAUGCUGAUGAUGAUCCUGGGCGGCCAGGUCGUCACCUCGGUGGUUCCACUCUUCGUCAAGAAGCAGCGCUACUGCGACGUCGCCAGGCAAGUCCUCGCGCAGGAUGAUCGCACGCGGCCAUCGUCGAGCUCUAAUCCCGACAAUGAUCGCGAUCUCGUCCCCAAUCCAAACGCCCAAGCUCCUCAAGAUCGUGAAGACGAUGCUACUCCUACUAGCGCUACCACACCCUCGAGCUCGCAAGGAGGAUCGUCUCCAGGAUCUCUUAAAAGAACGCAAAGCGGUGCUGUCCGGCUCUUGAGGAGAUUGAGCGGCUCCAUGAAGCUCCGCUCCAAAGAGGACGUCUGGAUGCGCGAGAUGGCGUCCAAGAAGCACGCCCAGCACUUGCGCGAGAUCUUCCAAGAGCACAGCGCAACCGUGUCACUCACCUGGAUCGUCGUCUGGUACUACAUCCUCGUCCAUCUCACCGGCUUCUUCAUCACCUGGAGAUGCAUCCUGGGCGAUGCCAGCGCCAAGUCGAGCCUGGAGAGCAAGAACAUCAACAUCGGCUUCUUCGCGCUCUUCCUCACAGUCUCAUCUUUCGCGAAUGCCGGCUUCGUCCUCGUCGAUGAAAACAUGACCCUCUUCAGCUCCUCCACCGUGCUGCUGCUGGCGCUGGCGGCGAUCAUCCUCCUGGGCAACACCAUGUUUGCGCCAUCGCUGCGCGGGAUCAUCUGGCUGCUCCACCGAGUCGACGCCACCCGGCGCGAGGAUUACGAGUUCCUGCUGGAGCACCCCAGGAAGUGCUACACGCACUUGUUCCCGCGGACCACCACCCUCUGGUUAGUUCUCGCCGUCACCGGGUUCAAUGGGUUUGAGUGCCUCAUGUUUUACAUUUUGGACUGGAAAAGCAAGGCCUUGGAGGGUUUCGGCACAGGUGACAAGGUUGUCAAUGGCAUCUUUCAGUCUGUUAACACGCGGAGUGCAGGCAUGAACUCCAUGAACCUUGCAGAUCUCUCGCCCUCAAUGCUCUUCCUCUACUGCGGCAUGAUGUAUAUUGCUGCUUACCCGGUAUUCCUCUCGCGGCAGUACUCACGACACUACGAAGCCAAAGAGCAGCGGGCUUCUGUGAUUGUGGGGCUGGACCGGGACGUUUUGGACACCACAAUCACGACCCAGUCCAAGAGAUUGCUGGCUCAGGACUGGGCCUACCUCUUCCUCGCCACCUUUUUCAUCUGCGUGUCGGACAACAAGCAGCUCAAAAGCGAUCCCCGCAACUUCACCAUCUUUAGCGUCAUCUUCGAGGUCAUAAGCGCGUACGGCAAUGUCGGGCUGACGCUGGGCUACAGCUGCAGCCUGAGGAUCGAUUCGGCGCCAUGCACGGACGUCCCGUACAGCUUCUCGGGCAAAUGGGGCGUUGUUGGCAAGCUCUUGCUCAUCCUGGUCAUGUUUCUCGGCAGACACAGGGGUCUACCAGAUAGCAUCGACUCUGCGAUCUUGCUCCCAGAGGACAAGUUCUACAGCAUGUUGCGGAGCCAGACCGUAGCACAACCCGAUGGCUCCAUCACGAUAAUCGCACCACCGAGAUCGGAAUGUACAGAUCUUGUUGAUUUGUCGUGAAACAAAGAUAGACGAGAACC